AUGGCUCGCCACGGGGAUCCUCGCUCACCAUCUCCUGUAGGCAGCACAUACUCCUCGUCUCGCCGGAAUCGCAGAGAGGAUGAUCGCUUCGACAGAAACAGACGGGAUGAAGGACGGGGUUAUCGCAGGUCCCGCAGCCCAGAGCGGCGUUAUCGUGAUCGCGACCACGGCCGUGACAGAGAUGGCUAUCGCCGCCGAGACCGAUCGAUAGACCGACGCGAAGAAGACAGUUACCGCCCCAACCGACGAGAUCGGUCUCGCGAACGCCGACGGUCCAGAGACAGAGACGAUGAUCGCGAUCAUCGCCGCAGGAGUCGCGACAGAGAUUAUCGACCUAGGAAAGAUGAUUCACGCGACCGAGAUCGCAGGCGCACAGAUGAUUCUGCUGAUUUGAAGCACAAGGCUAGACGGGGUGACAGCCGUGACCGUGGCGCCAUUGGACGGUCCAGAUCCCGCACUCAAGAGCCAUCCAAACCCACUACCCCUGCCCCGGCCCCCGCCGCCCAGACAGACGAGCAGAAAAAGGCCGAGCGACUGGCAAAACUUGAACUGUGGAAGGCGAAGCAAGCUGCUGAGCGGGAAAAGAAGCAACAAGAACAGGCCGCAGCCGGUGGUGGACGUGGCAUUCUGGAUGAGAUUGAUCGGAGAUCUGGCUUGUCUCCUGCCGUGGGUUCGCCACAGGCUCCCGUGACACCGACCGACACGGCGUCCCCAGCACCUUAUGCUGGCAAGUUCGACCCCAAGGCCAUUGCGAAGAGUGCGGCCUCGAAUGGGACGGCAGUCACACCAGCUGUACUUGGAAUUGAUGUCGCGGUUCCGCAGACCACAAAGGCUCCGGUGCGACCACUUGCAGCGCCUUCUGCCCCAGCAUCCGCUCCCCUAAAAGCCAAAGGCAAUGUGAGUGGAUUUGGUCUCGGUUCCAAACUGGCUUUUGAGACCGAUAAACCCUCGGCUACUCGAACUCUAGGCUUCGGUGAGGAAGAGUCAACUCGCAAGAAAUUGGAGAGGCUUCCAACUCCCCCGCUCGAUGACGGCAAGGACACCAUUGUCGGUGCGGAUGACGCCGGUGAUGACGAUGAUGUCGAUAUGCAAGACGGUGACAACGAGGAAGAAGCUGCGGCUGCUGCGCGCGCAGCCGCCGAGCGACGCGAGGAGCGACUUCAAAUUCAGCAAUCCGAAAUGAACGCCGAUAUCCACAUGGAAGAUGCUUCCAACCAGCAGGCCGAGUCUACCGAGAUGGAGGUUGAUGAAGAUGUUGAUCCUCUGGAUGCAUUCAUGUCAGAGCUUGCAGAUACCGCUCCCCCGAAAAAGAAGAUUGGCGCAACUUACGCUAAGAAGAAGGCCACGCAACCCCAGGCAAUGUUCAGCGACGAUGACGAUGUCGAUCUCACAGCUGUCGGUGGCGAAGAUGCAGACGACGUUCUCGCCAUGGCAAGCAAGAAAAAGAAGAAGGAAAUCCCGACAGUCGACCACGCAAAGGUCGAAUACGAGCCAUUCCGUAAAGACUUUUACAACGAGCCCUCACAUCUUGCCGAUAUGACUGAAGAGGAAGUGGCAAAUCUACGCCAUGAGUUGGAUGGCAUCAAAGUACGUGGACAGGAUAUUCCCAAGCCUGUACAGAAAUGGGCACAGUGCGGAUUGGGCGUGCAAACCUUGGAUGUUGUCGAGCGCCUGGGCUACGAGGGCCUCACAUCUGUGCAAGCCCAAGCCAUCCCCUGUAUAAUGUCCGGUCGUGACGUGAUCGGUGUUGCCAAAACUGGUUCCGGAAAGACCAUGGCCUUCCUUGUUCCCAUGUUCCGGCAUAUUAAAGAUCAACGGCCUCUGGGUAACAUGGAAGGUCCUAUUAGUCUGAUCAUGACACCGACUCGUGAGUUGGCUACGCAAAUCCACAAAGAUUGCAAGCCGUUCUUGAAGGCACUCGGUCUUCGCGCAGUCUGUGCCUACGGUGGUGCUCCCAUCAAAGAUCAAAUUGCGGAGCUGAAGCGUGGCGCCGAGGUUGUUGUUUGCACUCCCGGUCGAAUGAUUGAUCUACUCGCUGCAAACGGUGGCCGAGUAACGAAUCUUCACCGUGUGACUUACGUGGUUCUCGACGAGGCUGACCGUAUGUUCGACAUGGGCUUCGAGCCUCAGGUCAUGAAGAUCUUGGCCAACGUUCGACCGGAUCGCCAGACCGUUCUUUUCUCGGCUACAUUCCCCCGUAACAUGGAGGCAUUGGCCAGAAAGUCACUCAAGAAGCCUAUUGAGAUUGUGGUCGGCGGCAGGAGUGUUGUUGCUCCUGAAAUCACCCAGGUGGUUGAGGUGCGCAACGAAGAUCAAAAAUUCGUUCGCCUCUUGGAACUGCUGGGCAAUCUGUACUCUGACGAUGCAAAUGAGGAUGCGCGGGCGCUGAUCUUUGUCGAUCGUCAGGAGUCUGCCGAUAACCUGCUGAAGGAGUUGAUGCGAAAGGGCUACCCGUGCAUGUCUAUUCACGGCGGAAAGGAUCAAAUCGACCGUGAUUCUACCAUUGAAGACUUCAAGGCUGGUAUCUUCCCCGUCCUUGUUGCCACCUCGGUUGCUGCCCGUGGUCUCGACGUGAAGCAGUUGAAGUUGGUUGUCAACUACGAUGCACCAAAUCACUUGGAAGACUACGUCCACCGCGCUGGUCGGACUGGCCGUGCCGGAAAUACCGGUACUGCAGUAACGUUCCUCACAGACACCCAGGAGAGAUACUCUGUGGACAUCGCAAAGGCACUCAAGCAGAGUGGACAGGAGAUUCCCGAGCCGGUUCAGAAGAUGGUUGACAACUUCCUGGAGAAGGUCAAGGCUGGUAAAGAAAAGGCCAGCGCAUCUGGCUUCGGUGGUAAAGGUCUGGAGCGUCUUGACCAGGAACGAGAGACUGCGCGUAUGCGUGAGCGCCGAACAUACAAGACGGGCGAGGAGGGUGAGGAAGAUGAGGAGAAGGAUGAGAAGGAGAAGAAGGCCGAUGACGAACGCUUCAACAAGGCGCUCUCUGCGGUGCAGUCUGCCGCUGCUCCAGCACCAGCACUUCUCGUCGGUGUUCCCAAGGGUAUUGAUCUGGACGGCAAGAUUACAGUUCACAAGACCGAGAAGGAUCCCAAUGCUGCCUCGAAGAACCCUCUGGACAAGGUUGGAUCUGCCGUGGCCGAUAUCCACGCUCGUCUCAGUCGCGCCGGUGUGAUGAGAUCAGGUGUCCCCAUCGACAAUCGUGGACCAGAUGCAGGCGCAUUCCAUGCUACAUUGGAGAUCAACGACUUUCCCCAAAAAGCUCGUUGGGCCGUUACCAACCGCACGAAUGUCGCCAAAAUCCUGGAAGCCACGGCCACAUCUAUCACCACCAAGGGCAGUUUCUAUGCCGCUGGCAAGGAGCCUGGUCCCAACGAGAACCCCAAGCUGUACAUUCUGGUUGAGGGCGACACUGAGAUUUCCGUCACCAACGCGAUGCGUGAGCUCAUGCGUCUGCUGAAGGAGGGUACCGUUGCCGCUGCUGAUAGCGACGCGCGUGCGCCAGCCAGUGGACGUUACAGCGUUGUUUAG